AGGCGGAGUCUCGGCAGUCCUGGCAGGGCCGCCAUUUUUGCAAAGGGAAAAGAGACUGGUUUGAGGAGAUCUAAUUUCUAAAAGUCGCCGUUGACUAGGGCUCAGUUUUAACGGUUUUGAAUUGAUUUGUAGUCAGUUUUGGGCUACCGCGAAAAGCAAGAGUACAGGAAGUGUACACAGUAAGUUAUUCGUUGGAGGACACGUUUAGAUACCAACAUUUUAAAGCUUUGCUAGGGAUCCGCAGUGUGUGGACAGAAGUAUUGUUUUGGUUGUGGAAGCUGUGUGGAAAGCGACGGGGGUCUUACCCAGGUCCCCUUAUUCGCUAUUCAGAUCCUCCAGAGUGGACAUAAAACGGCCUUGUGGAUGCACUUAGAUGUCUGCAAUGACUGCUGUGGCUGGCAUGCCUCAGUGUUUUGGACUUCCAUUCUCUGGACUCAGUAGGACAAGAACUGAUCAGCAGAGAACGUCAUGAGCAUAGUCAUCCCAGUAGGGGUGGACACAGCAGACACCUCAUACCUGGACAUGGCUGCGGGCUCAGACAGACCAGAAUCGGUGGAGGCCAGCCCUGUGGUGGUGGAAAAGUCCAGCUACCCACACCAGAUCUACAGCAGCAGCUCUCACCAUUCCCACAGUUACAUUGGCCUGCCUUACGCUGACCAUAACUAUGGGGCACGGCCCCCACCUACGCCGCCAGCCUCCCCUCCCCCCUCCAUGUUGAUCCGACAAGGAGAGGGGGGGCUGUUUGUUCCAGGGGGUCAGGACGAGGCGUCCCGGGGCACCACCCUCAGCACCUCAGAGGAUGGUAGCUAUGGGGCCGACAUCACCCGCUGCAUCUGUGGCUUCACCCACGAUGACGGCUACAUGAUCUGCUGUGACAAGUGCAGUGCCUGGCAGCAUAUAGACUGCAUGGGCAUCGACAGGCAGAACAUUCCUGAGACUUACCUGUGUGAGCGCUGCCAACCACGACACCUGGACAGAGAGAGGGCCAUCCUGCUGCAGACCAGGAAACGGGAAUGUUUGUCAGAUGGGGAUACCAGUGCUACAGAGAGUGGAGAUGAAGUGCCGCUAGAGCUGUACUCCACCUUCCAACACACGCCUACCACCAUCACCCUGACGACCGGGCGCCUUGGCAAUAAGCAGGCUGAUAAAAAACGCAAAAAGAGUGGCGAUAAAGAGCCUCCAGCAGCAUCUGCCCGAGCUAAGAAGGCUUUCAGAGAAGGGUCCAGAAAAUCCUCCAGAGUAAAGGGUGCAGCUCCUGAGCAGGAGCCAACAGAGCACCCGUCUCUGUGGGAGAACAAGAUCAAAACGUGGAUGGAGCGAUACGAGGAGGCCAGCAGCAAUCAGUAUAGUGAGGACGUCCAGGUCCUGUUACGAGUUAAAGAGCAAGGCGACGGCAAGAGCCUGGCGUACAACACGCACCCCGCUUCCUUCAAACCCCCUGUAGAGAGUCAAGUUCAGAAAAACAAGAAGAUCCUGAAGGCAGUGCGAGACUUGGCCCCAGACUCCCUCAUCAUUGAGUACAGGGGAAAGUUCAUGCUUCGACAGCAGUUUGAGGCCAACGGUUACUUCUUCAAGAGGCCGUACCCGUUUGUAUUAUUUUAUUCCAAAUUCGACGGACUGGAGAUGUGUGUGGACGCUCGCAGUUUUGGGAACGAGGCACGCUUCAUCCGUCGCUCCUGCACCCCCAAUUCUGAGGUGCGACAUGUCAUUGAGGAUGGCAUGCUGCAUUUAUACAUCUACUCACUGAGGCCUAUCACAAAGGGCACAGAAAUCACCAUCGGUUUUGAUUUUGACUAUGGCAGCUGUAAAUAUAAGGUGGACUGUGCCUGCGUGAAGGGGAACCAGGAGUGCCCGGUGCUCAAGCACAACCUUGAGCCCACGGAGAACCUCGGCUCAGGAGGCCGACGCCGAGGGAGUCGUAAGGACAAGGAGGUUGUCCGGGACGACCAGGGCCAGAACCAGAACGUAGGUUUAGACGGCGAAGGGAAGGGGAAGAACGUAGGCGAUGGCAAGCAGAGGAAACUGUCUCCUCUUCGCCUCUCCAUCUCAAACAACCAGGAUCCUGAGUUAUAUGAGGAUCUAGAAGACAAAACCUCCGUUAGCAAUGAAGUAGAGAUGGAGUCAGAGGAGCAGAUUGCGGAGAGGAGGAGGAAGAUGACACGAGAGGAGAGGAAGAUGGAAGCCAUCCUGCAAGCCUUCGCCCGCAUGGAGAAGAGAGAGAAACGCAGGGAGCAGGCCCUCGAGAGGAUCGGGAGCAUCAAGACGGAGGUCGGGGGCCGCAGUGACAUCAAGGAGGAGCCUCCAGCCACACCAGAGACGGCCGAUUCUCCGACUGUAAUGCAGCCGCUUUUGGAGGUGAAAGAGGAGCCAGGGUUAAAGCCGGCAAAAGUUAAAGGUGCAAGAAACAGGAAAAGCUUCUCAAGGAAUCGCACGCACAUCGGUCAGCAGCGACGGCGAGCUCGCACCAUCAGCACCUGCUCUGAUUUGCCGCCCGGCUCUCCAGUCGAGUCUGUGGAACCUCUGACCAACGAAGCUCCUGAGGGAGAGACACCCACUGCACCCGAGCCUGAGGCCAUCUCUAACCAAGCACCUGACACCAGCCCCCCUCACAGCAGCUCACCUGCACCUGACAGGAACCGCACCGGGAGCAAGAACUUCAAAACUAAAAAGCACUUUGUGAGUGAGUGGGUGGGAGAGAAGCAGCAGGACCGCGGUGCAGUACGAACCCCGGAGCCGGCCCCCGAGAGGCCGCUGAGAAUAAGCAGCGACCCUGAAGUACUCGCCACGCAGCUGAAUGCACUCCCUGGUAUGGCCUGCUCUCCACAGGUCUACAGCACGCCCAAACACUACGUCCGCUUCUCGUCGCCGUUCCUGGCAAACCGCAGCCCGACAACUCCUGGUGUCCCCACAGGGAGACGACGCUCCAGAGAACUGCCAGAAACGCCACCGACCACGGGCUCCUGCAAGAAGCGAUGGUUGAAGCAGGCUCUGGAGGAGGAGGGAUCCACCAGCCCAGCAAGACGACCAAGCCUCCUUAUGCCUUGUGAGGGUCCUCUUAGCCCCUCCAUCAAUGGAGACUCUGACAGCCCCUUACCCUACAACGGCACUUGCUCUCUACCAGAGUUGCCCACACCUUUGAAAAAGCGGCGAUUGAGUCCGUUAGAUGCCUGUAUGUCCGAAAGCUCGACUCCCUACGGCUCCCCUUGUGCCACGCCCACCAGGGCCGACCAGUCUGAGACGCCUGCCACCCCGGUCUUACUGGCUACCCCACCUCGUCCCCGAAUAGAGGAGCCAAGUACAGAGCCCCUACCCAGCACCCCAACACAGGCACUUAAUGCCCCUCAGGAGAGUGAAUCUUCAGCGGAGAACUCCCCUGAGGUUAGCCGGAAACCCAGCAUACAAGACGCUGAUCGUCCUCCUUCGUUGGUCUCCUCUCCCUGCAUCCGAGCUCCCGCUUCAGACGGACUUCUAACAGAAGCCAAAUUAUCGGUUCCUGAAAGCCCACAGCCUCCUGCUGUCGAGUCUGUAGAUCUAGGGGAGGACCGUACAGACGGUGGGGUCGUAGAAGGAAGUAGCGAAGCUCCCUCAUCCGCAGAAACGUGCGCUUCCUCUUUCCCAGGCUGGAUUAAAAGCCCCGACAGAGGCCCGACUGGACCAGCUGGCCUGAACUUCUCUCCAGUCAACUCGAACUUACGGGACCUCACCCCGUCACACACCCUAGAGCCUCUGGCGGCUCCGUUCAGGCCUGAAGCUGCAGCUGGUGCUGCGGCAGGGUCCACUGCAGGGACGGGGUCCCUGGUUGGCUCUCAGGCCCCCUUCAGUGAAGGACAGGGACAGCUCUUUUACCCCUGCUCUGAGGAGGGGGGUGCACUCGGUUUCUCUCGAUCACUGAGCGGGGACGGCAGCGGAGAUGGAGGAGGGUCAGCCCAAAACCCUCCACAGAAGAAAAAGGUUUCCCUCUUAGAAUACAGAAAACGUCAGAGAGAAGCUCGUCGCAGUGGCUCUAAAAACGAGUGCAGCUCUCCUGUUUCCACCGUGCCACCUCUUUCAGUUGACGCCUUCCCAGUCGCUCUAGAGACCACCAGUGAGCCUCCUCCACCCCCUGCACCCACAACACCCUGCAACACCAACACCUCGUCUGUAAAAGAGCUGCAGGCCAGCGAGGAGGGAGAGCCACCUGGAGAAAAAGGGGAGAGGGAAGGAGGAGAGGGACAGUGGACAUCAUCCACUUCUGUAGAGCAGGCCCGGGAACGCAGCUACCACAGAGCUCUGCUGCUCAGCAAAGACAAAGACACAGAUGGUGAAGCUGAGGGCGGAGAUACACCUGCACUUAGAGAUUGCCCGUCUCCAAGUAUUCAAAAGACCCCCACCCAUACACCGUGCUCUCCUGGUCCUCUCGCUCAGCCGCCCAGCCGACCCAUCAGGGAGGAAGACGCCGACAGUCAGCCUCGGACACAAAACCCAACCAGCCAACCUCAGAGCAAGCCUGCAGGACCCAAACCAGCCCCUCUGACUCCCACCAAGCUGCACCCCACCCCCUUACCCUCCUCUCCUGUCCACUAUCCUGGAUCCUCCCUCCUCCACUCCCCCAAACCUCAGCCGCAGGGCUCCCCUUAUCGCAGCCAGAGGGCGCUGUUCACCGCUCAGCCUCCUAAUCAACCUCAGGCACAGGCACAAACUGGCCCUGGACCUUUCCCCCAGUACAACACCCAGAGUGCUCCUCCACCGCCUCCCCCUCCACCCCCAGCACCGCCCGUCUCCACAGCCUACUUCCCCAACCAGAGCCCGUCACCUGCCGGACCUUUCCCCGGGUUCAAACCCGCCGUCACCCCUCCUUACCCUCCUGGUUCUCAGCCCAUGAUGCAGACUCUCCCUCACAGCGUGCACUAUCAGAGCUCGGCUGCUCCUCCACCACCCCCCCCUCCUCCUCCUCAUCCGAUGCCCAGCCCUGCCCUCCUGCACUUGCAGCCUCCUCCCAUCCAGCAGCACCAGCUCAUGCUGACAACGGCUCCUCCGCCGCCGCCUCCCCCGCAGGGCCAGGCCCCUCCAACGCAACAGCAGCAACCACCUCCUGGUGGCAACACCAUGCUGUCACUCACCCCUCCUCCCCCACCUCCUCCACCUCCCCCUGCUCCCUCGUCGAACGCCCCGAUGCAGCCCCAUCACUUUCAGAACUUAGGGGGGUUCCAGCCGGCGUUGCUGCACCCGGGUGCUGCCGCCAACCCUUCAGUGCCCCCAUCCUCAUAUCCCCCGCCCCUCCAGCAGACUGGACUGCCUCCGCCUCCCCCUCCUCCCCCACAACAGACUCAACAAGGCCAGGCUCAGGCCACCGCCUCCCAGAUGCCUUCUGGGACUCGUGGAGCUCCUGCGUCCUCGACCCCUUUCCACAGCCCAGGGUACCUGAGUACGGGGUGGCACUGACCCACCUCGCCCCUGAGAACUCUGCCUGAGGGGGUGCUGUACCAUAAGCUGUAGAUAUGUUUUCUAUGUACCUGAACACACGGCCAGUGGAAAAACAUUGUGGGUGAAGAGGAUGCUUUUUAAAAAACAAGAAAAACAUGGACAGAAAAAUUUUAGAAAACAGACAUUAAAUAAUCUUCAAGAUAAACUGUAAAAUAAAUGAAGAUAGACGAUCACCCCUGGUGCUCAUAGCUCCCUCUGGCCUCUGUUUGUUUUAUAUAACCUCCCUGUGAUGGAGAGAAAGCUCUCUGUUCUGUGUCUUGUUUGGACUCCCAUUGUAAGGCCCCGCACUUUGUUUAUCAAUGGACAUUCCAGCCUUUAACCCCUCCUGCUCCCUCUUCAUCCCCCUAUUUCUCCUUUGUCAGUUAUUCCUUUUACUUCCUCUUUUUCUCUUGUCUGUUGUCGGCUCUACACCAUUUUAUUUGUUUUAAUCUAGUGGCUCAUUAUAGCAAAAGAAGAAAGCUUUUUGUAUAAAGAAAAAAACAACACAAUUAUUUUUUUUAUUCCUCUGUCUAACAACAAAUAUCUGUCACCGCUGCAGAUUAAGAUAAGACCCCGUUAAUGGGAGCCUGCCUCACCGACCCGGGAGGCUGCACUCGUGUGUGAUUGUGUAUGUGUGAGUGAGUGUAUGCUUGUGUUAAGGUUUGGAGGAGAAUGGCUGCUUGGAGGAGGUGUGAGAUGUAACGAGUGCUCGUAGUCCUCCGAGGUAGGCGGAGUGGUCUUGCCCACAGGUAGGACGUUAGCGGUUUAUUUUUGAAUAUCAAUGGUUAUUUGUAGAAAGUGUAAUUUAAUGUAUAGGUGGUUACUCCAGCUUUCACCAGGAACAGGUUGUAAAUAUUCGCUUCUUUUCUUUUCUAUGCUUGUACAAUUCGCUCCCAUCCCAUUUUGAAAUAUGGUUGUACAUAUGAACGCUCUUCUUGGCAAAGCUGAAUGUUUCUGUGACUGUAGCAUUAUUUUUAUUUUAUUUUCCCCCCCCUCUCUCUCUGGACUCUUUAACUUUGUCUUUUUUUAUUAUUUGUGUGUGUGAGUGUAUGUUUGUGUGGAGGGGAGAGACUCACAGACACUGCACUGGUUGGCUAUUUUCAUGGUUCAUUAUAAUAAAUCACUGUAA